ACAAUGACCGUAGGAAAAAAUAUUUCCAAAGUUAGUGACAUAUCCCGCGAUGAUGCAUCAUGCAGGACAGAGGAGAGGGGCAAUGAGAAAGGGGACCAGUGUGACAGAGGCAGAUGGUGGAUGGGUACUUUGAAAGAUACGCCCAUCCCUGGGAGUUACCACAUCCGGGACUUCAUUGAGGAGGCUGGCCUGAAUCCGGUCCGUAGGACGUAUGGCUUUAAGGGUACGGGGAGAGACACCAAGAUGCAGAUGCGUAAGGGGGACUUGCUGCUGCCGGGAGCCUAUUGCUUCACUGACUCCACCCAGGAGGCCCUCAAAUGCCAGGCCUCCUACUCCUUUAAGAGCUGCCCCCGCCCAAAAAACUACACUCUGGGUAUCCGCGACAAGGAAAUAGACCUUUCACCAUGCCACUACAAUGUGACCCAGAAACCAGUGCCCAAGAUACCCUGCAAACACGUGAUGUUUCGUUCGGCAGUGCAGCGUGCCAGCUUUCUGCCUAGAGAGGGCCCUGCUCCUGGACAUUACAAUAUGAGGACGGGCCCGACCAAAGGAGUCACGUCCUGUUUCAGAUCCACUGUGCCCCGUCUUCACAGUGUACGCUCGAGGACUCCAGGACCGGGGACCUAUGAGCCGUCCUGGCAGAUGGGUCACCGUCUGGGGACGGAGGCCAACAUGGGCAGGGCCCACGGUCUCUUCUUCCGCAAUGUCUUCUAGAUCGUCCAACAAGUGUCAUCCAGCCAUCCCUUUUUAUGACUCCCUAGUUCCCCCACUUCUACUGUCUGAUAGAAUGCACGUGACACUGGGUGAUCAUGUAGUUUAUUUUCCCUCUGAGUAAAGA